AUGUCCUCCCCGCAAGGGGAAGAUACGAAUUAUGCUGGCCCCUACAUACAUGCGUGCUGGGCUCUCACUGGUAUCGCUGCAGUGGCAUUGAUUUUCCGCUACGUUAUCAAGACUUGGAUUCGUUGGACGUUGCCUCGAGUUGGUUCCCCAGAGCGAGUCUGGGGCACAGAAGAUCUUCUCUAUGCCAUUGCAUAUGGAUUUGAUAUAGCACAUAUGGCAUUUGUUCAGAAAAGUUUUCAAGACGGUCUAGGAAGACAUAUGUGGUUUUUGUCAAAUAAUGAGAGAAAGGGAAUGCUGAAGAACGAAUUCACAUCUCAACCACUAGGUGAGGAAAGCGUUAUAACCGCUGAGCCUGGUUUUGUCCUUGUCACACCGAAGCCUAAAGCUAACUAA